GUGGCAGAAGCGGCUGUCCGACCGAACAUCCAUCCGACCACCUCGACAGGAACUGACGUCGCCUCCCGUGAAAGUGGAUGGAAAAAAUGCAGCUGCAGGAAAAAUGGCUCCAAACACCGCACCGCUGAAAGGUGUUUAAAGCUCUGCUCCGCAGCCUUUGGGCCACACCGACUUAAAAGCCGCCACACUCAUGGCACCUUCCAGUUGACAGAAUGGCCCAGAUAUCGAGUGGUAAUGGGUUCAAGAUGGAUGUCCCCCAGCAAAAGGGGGUUGUGGGGAAAGAGGAAGCCCUCAGAAUGGAGGAAGAGGCUUUGGCAAAAUUGCAGAAGGACAAGAGACACACUCUUUCAACUACGACAUCCCCAUCUUUGUAUGCAACAUCCACAUCCUCCUCAAAACCCAAACCAGCUAAAUAUACCACUACUGCUCCUCUUCCUUCACCCUGUAUUAGUAGACCAGAAAAGGACCUCAUUGUCUUCCCAGAGACCAAGAAGCAGGCAGAGCAGGAUACGUUCAGGGAUAUUGAUGUGGACAAGCUGACCAAUGAAGAACUUGAAAAGCUCUUGCUGGAUGAAAACUUUGGGGCCAACAGCAAAGUGGCCCGUCCCUCAUCACUGCUGGGGUUUAACCUCAGUGCCUCUUACCCUGGAAGCCAUCCCUGUAGCUCCUCUCCCUUCCAGGGCAGUCAGUGGACACCUGUUCUGUCCACUCCGUCAAGCUCCCGUGUGUCCACUCCCACCCAUCAGCCCGCCCCAAUGUUUCCCUCUGCUCCAUUCCCCAAACCAGGCACUUUUCAAAAUGGCUUCACUCCAACCAUAUCGCCCUUCUUGGCUCUGCCAGUGCAGCAGCCUUCCUUCAUGGCCUUCACUCCCAUCCAGCCCCCGGCUGCCAUGGUCUUCCCGCAGCAAGCUGUGGACCCAGAGAUGGCCAAACUGUUCGACAAGAUUGCCAGCACCUCGGAAUACUUGAAGAAUGGCAGAUCGGCCAGCACUGACAUAGAUUCCUCUCAAGUGGGCACAGCUUCUUUGGCACCCAACCCGCCGCCCCAGCAGCCGGCAGGGACGGAAUCACCUAGCAUCAGUCGCUUUGACUGGCUGGAUCUGGACCCCCUGACAAAGCGUAAGACCGAGAAUGAGGAAGCAUCCCUGGCAUCGGGAGGUGAUGCACAGACAGUAGCAGGAGUUCCAGCAGGGGAUCCUUGGGAUGCAGUGCUUGAGACUGAAGGGAACAGUAGUAGCAGCAGCAGCCCCCCGCUGGAGGUCAAAGCAUCACUGUCAGUUCGCUCGCAGCCCAGGAGGGCAUCAACAGGAGCUGCUGUCACCAGGAGUCACUCGCUCAACAUCCCCGGGACCUCCACCCAGCACAAACCUAACAAUCAGGAUAAGGGAAAGGGAAAAGGUCUGGUGAAGAAUGCCGCCCUGGACGAACCGGAUGCUCAAAACCUGGAGGUUGUCGCCUUCUGUGAAGACAUUGCAACCCUGCGUUCCAAAUUCCCUCACGGUGACAUCUCCAGCAACCCCGGCUUCGCCCUCAGCCCAGUCAUCACCCAGAGAGACGGUGGAGGUGACAAUAGCUGCUCUGUCAAGGUUUCUAUUGAAAUCUCAGAAUCUCAGCAGCCCGUAACCUUCACCUGUGACGUGAGUUCUCCGGUGGAGUUGUUGAUCAGCCAGACCCUGUGCUGGGUCCAUGAUGACCUGGAUCAGGUCGACUUCUCCAGCUACCUGCUCAAAGUCUGUGGCCAGGAGGAGGUGCUGCAGAAUAAACACAGCCUAGGCAGCCAUGAGUAUGUCCAGAACUGCAGGAAGUGGGAGAAUGAGAUCACGUUACAACUCCUCUCUCACUCCACCAUGAGAAGAGACUUGGCACGCAGUGCGGAGGAUGACAACUCUACAAUAGACUUGGAGAAGCACCUGGGCCACGUGGAGAGGCCUUUUAAGGAGAAUGUCACCAGACAAGGCCUUGCUGACUAUUUGGAAGGUUAUCACAAUCAAGUCAACAUCUGCCUACAAAAUGAGAGUUCGCAGUAUAAGACAGUGGACCGGGUGGUGCAGACGGUGAAGAACCUGUGCUGUGCUCUGGAUGAGGUGGAGACACAAGCCAUAACAGAGGCCGUCAAAAGGCUGCGACACUCUGUCAAUUUGCCGCAGACACGCUCCCCCAAGAUGGGGUCCACAUCUUCUGGUCAAUCAUCAAAUGGUUGUACCAGUCCCGUGGAGGAGAGCAUGGCCUCGCUAACGCAGGCCGUCUACGACCUGGCCAAGCUCUACCUGCGCGCCUUCUGUCCUCCCUCCACCUCCUUCGGCUCGCGUCCUCUACCCCAGGCUGCAGAAGAGGAAGCAGUGGAAGGGAGGAGCAGCAAAGAAGCUUCUGGCACCACGGACCACCUUCAGUUCACCCUGUUUGCUUUGCAUGGCAUCCCGGCCAACUGGGUCAGCAGCUAUGAGAAGUACUUUCUGAUGUGCUCCCUCACCCACAACGGCAAGAACCUGUUCAAACCGGUCCAGUCCAAGAGAGUGGGCACAUACAAAAGCUUCUUCUACCAUGUCAAAUGGGACGAGCUGAUCAACUUCCCCAUCGCGGUGGCCGUGCUCCCGCUGGAGUCCAUACUGAGUCUGACUCUGUUCGGGGUGCUGAACCAGAAUGCCGGCGGCUCCCCAGACUCCAACAAGCAGAGGAAAGCUCCAGAGCAGCUGGGCAAAGUCUCUAUGCCGCUCUUUGACUUCAGACGGGUGCUUGCCAGGGGCAGCAGGCUGCUCUGUCUGUGGACAACUACCCAGGGAGCUGCUGCUGCCGCCGGCUCCACAGGCCGCAAGAGGAUGCCCACAGAGAGAAUCAUACUGCAGGUGGACUUCCCCAACUCAUCGUUGGACGUUUUAUACGUGGGGCCCAAGGAAGCCCCCAGCCCGGAGCCCCCCCCUCUGGAGGAGCUGGACCCAGACCUCCGACGCAAACUGGAGAAAAUCUGCAGUCGGGCCUCGAAUUUCGGGCUGAAGCGGGCAGAUCACCACAUCCUGUGGGACCAUCGGCUCCACUGUCAGAGGGACCACCCCAGCAGCCUGCCCAAGGUGCUGGCCAGUGCGCCCAGCUGGGACUGGGCCAGCAUGGCUCACAUCCACUCCCUGCUGCACCACUGGCCGGCUCUGCCCCCCGUCACUGCACUGGAGCUGCUCGACUCAAAGUUUGCAGAUACAGAGGUUAGAAGUGUGGCUGUUAGUUGGAUUGAGAAGAGCAGUGAUGAUGAGCUAGCGGGCUACCUGCCACAGCUCGUACAGGCCUUAAAGUUUGAGUGUCACCUAAAGAACGCCCUUGUCGUGUUCCUGCUGUCCAGAGCACAAGGCAACAUCAACAUCGCUCACUACCUCUGCUGGCUGCUAAAGGACGCUGUGCAGGACCCUGCCUGGGGCUGGCGUUAUGAACGGGUGCUGGGUGCCCUGCUGUGUCUGUGCGGGGCCAAGCUGAGGGCAGAGCUGGAGAAACAGACCCACUUUGUCACGCUGCUGGGAGCCGUGGCCGAGAGGGUCAGGCAGGCCGGGGGGUCCACACGACAGGUGGCGCUGCAGGAGGGCCUCGAGAACGUUCAGAACUUUUUCCAGAAGAACAGCUGCCGACUGCCUCUCAGCCCCAGUCUGGUGGCCAAGGAACUUAACAUCAAGACCUGCUCCUUCUUCAACUCCAACGCAGUUCCCCUCAAGCUGGCCCUGGUCAACGCUGACCCACUGGGAGAAGAGAUCAAUGUUAUGUUUAAGGUUGGAGAAGACCUGAGGCAGGACAUGUUGGCUCUUCAGAUGAUCCGCAUCAUGGACCGCAUCUGGCUGCAGGAGGGGCUGGACCUGCGCAUCGUCAACUUCAAAUGCAUCUCCACCGGCAAAGACAAAGGCAUGGUGGAGCUGGUACCUUCCUCCGAGACCCUGAGAAAGAUCCAAGUGGAGUACGGCGUCACUGGAUCCUUCAAGGACAAACCGUUGGCAGAGUGGCUUCGCAAGUACAACCCUGCUGAGGAUGAGUAUGAGAAGGCAUCAGAGAACUUCAUCUACUCAUGUGCCGGAUGCUGUGUCGCAACCUACAUACUGGGUAUCUGCGAUCGCCACAAUGACAACAUCAUGCUGCGCUCCACCGGUCACAUGUUCCACAUUGACUUUGGCAAGUUCCUCGGCCACGCUCAGAUGUUUGGCAGCUUCAAAAGGGACCGAGCUCCAUUCGUCCUGACCUCUGACAUGGCAUACGUCAUCAACGGAGGCGAGCGUCCUACCAGUCGUUUCCAGCUGUUUGUAGACCUGUGUUGCCAGGCCUACAACCUCAUCCGCAAGCACUCCGGGCUUUUCCUCAACCUGCUGUCACUGAUGACGUCGUCAGGCCUCCCCGAGCUGACUGGCUCUCAGGAUCUGAAGUAUGUGUUUGACGCUCUGCAGCCCCACAACACAGACGCUGAGGCAACAAUCUUCUUCACGAGGUUAAUCGAGUCCAGUCUUGGCAGUGUGGCCACCAAGUUCAACUUCUUCAUCCACAACCUUGCCCAGCUACGAUUCUCCGGCCUGCCGGCCAACGAUGAGCCCAUUCUGUCCUUCUCCCCCAAGACCUACACCCUGAAGCAGGAGGGCCGGAUCCUUCACGCGUCCAUCUUUUCCUUCCAGAAGAGAUACAACCCCGACAAACAUUAUACAUAUGUAGUGAGGAUCCUGAGGGAAGGUCAGAAUGAGCCCCAGUUUGUCUUCCGCACUUUUGAUGAGUUCCAGGAGCUCCACAACAAGCUGACCAUACUUUUCCCUCUCUGGAAGCUGCCGAGUUUCCCAAACAAAAUGGUGCUCGGUCGCACCCACAUCAAAGAAGUAGCAGCCAAGAGGAAGCUGGAGCUCAACAACUAUGUUCACAACCUGAUGAGGAGCUCCACAGAGGUCACUCAGUGUGACCUGAUCUACACCUUCUAUCAUCCAAUCGCACGGGAUGACAAGACGGAAGGUUUAGAUGCCACACCCAAAGCACCAGAGCCGCCGCCGAGCCCCACCUCCGGUCGGGUGGAAGGAGAAGUGAAGCUGUCGAUCUCCUACAGGAACAGCACUCUCUUCAUCAUGGUCAUGCACAUCAGGGAUCUGGUGUCUGAAGAUGGAACAGAUCCCAACCCGUAUGUGAAAACCUACCUGCUUCCAGAUCCGCACAAGACUUCCAAGCGCAAGACAAAGAUCUCGAGGAAAACCAGAAACCCUACUUUCAAUGAGAUGCUGGUGUACAGUGGCUACAGCAAGGAAACCCUGGGCCUGCGGGAGCUUCAGCUGAGCGUGCUCAGCGCCGAGUCACUGCGUGAAAACUACUUUCUGGGCGGCAUCACGCUCAGACUUAAAGACUUUGACCUCAGCAAGGAGACGGUCAAGUGGUACAAACUUACAGCCGUCCCCUACUUCUAACCCCCCCACCACCUUGCCUCUCCCUGAUGCCAGGAAUGACUCUCCAGACAGAAGCUGCGUUCACAUCAUAUGGGAAAAGCGGUUGAUGUGGCCUUACUUGAAAAUAUUGCUCACCUUAGCUCUAAGUCGAUAAAAAUACUUCAGAACUUGGGGGGGGCCUCUGGAGAUUAAUGCUUCUUUCAAUUCUCGGAUCCCAAAUUUGAAUUACAAGCAGUAAAAUGUUCAAUACAUAUCUAACACACCAAAUUGACUAUUUCUUUCACAAGGAUAAUAUGUUAAUAGGUAUUCUCAAGACUUUCAACAUGGCAGGAUACAAAUGCUCUUGGCGAUGAAAAGCAUUUAUCAGAUGAAGAACUGAUCGGUAGCAACCUGAUUCUGCAGAUUUACACCGUGACAUCCUCACAGCUUCAAACAGGGUUGAACACCUAAACCAAGUUACGGCUUAUAUCUAUCAUCAUGUUGCCUCAGAGGUUAUUUUCCAUAUGACAUGAAUGCAGAAUAAAACAACUCACAAAGGCAAUUCACACACCCCCCAAUGGGGGAGCCUCUGAAACUAAUCAAGAUUGUUUCUGUGACAAACAAUCUCCACUUAUUUUCUCUCUUUUUUUCCUUAAACUAUAACGAAGAGCUGUAAUGUUUUGUACAUUUUGAUAUUAGAGGACCAAAACGGCUUACUUGCAGAAGAGUAUAUAUAGAUUGACACAUUUAUUUUUUAAGGAGUAGAAAAAGGGGGGAGGGGGCUCAUUUUUACACUUUCCAUGUUUAUUUUCUAUUUAGACAAAUAGGAGGCAUCAGGGUUUCCUGCUCUGCAGCAGACACUUCUGGGUAGAGUAGUCCAACACGCCGGAUUCCAGGAAAAUCAACAGUGACCUUAUUAUUCCCCAAGAAUGUGCCAAACUUCAAUGAGGAUGGCAAAUCAAACCACUCAGCCCGACAGGGAGAUGAACAGGGUGCCUUUGUUUGUGCUCACAAUCUUUUUAAUGCUCAACUUGGCCUUAUUGCUAUGUAUAUUUUAUUAACAAUGUGAUAUGUCCUUAUUAAAGAAAAAAAAAUCUAUAUUCUGUAAAGCUAUAUCAAUAGAUCUUCCAGAGCAGGUCUGCUGCCGGACCGGCAUCAUAUGGAUUUUUUUUGUUUUGUUUGGUAACAGUGGACUGCCACUAAAUGCACACUACCAGGUGUUUGUCUCGUGGUAUUACUUGACUCUUUUCACACAGCACAUCCUUAAAAGGGGAACUUGUAUCAUAAGCUCUGGAACACGCUCUUGUCUGCUCUGGAUGAAGAAAUUACAGUUGCCCUGAUCUGAUCAUAACACUGACACAUAAGUCGGUUCAGCGUUUUCCUUGCCGUGGUUCAAAACCACAAUUUGAACCUGCAGAAUGCAGUUUGGGAGCAGAGUUGAAACUACAGACGACAUGAGGGUUAGUUACCACACUCUCUCCCAGUGCCGGACUGUGGUGUAAUGAUGCCGUGCUGGUUCAAAUGGCUAGUAAUAAUUCAAACUGCUGGUGACGUCCAGAUCCAGUCAGGUUUUACAUCAUUUUAAGGUGAGAAAAUGCAAAGUGAGCACAUCUGCGCUAAAAGGGGCAACUUGAGCGUCAACCAUCUUCAUUUUUAAAAAAAAGGGAACGAGAUCCUGAGCAAGAAAUUCGCUGCUUUCCUCUCCACUUGCUUACUAUAAAUCAAAGGUUGUUAAUGUUUAAUAAAGAAGUUAUGAUGAAUUUAUCUGAAAGGGUUUUUUUUAAAGAGAAGAUCUACAAGACAAUUAUGAUCAAAGAGCAACACUCAGUAUAAAUAUUAGUGACUUGAUCCACUCUUUUAGUCACUGUACAAAGACAGCAAGCAGAGUUUGUAUUAACAUGGCCAGUUAUUUAUUCUUAAUUGGUGACUUGUAACCUGAAUGGAUCAGUGUGUACUGUAAUCCCGCUUUCCUAAAGCACAUUAAAUGUUUUUGGAACAAA